AUGAAGUCCACCGGGUCCUCGCAGCGCGCAGCAGAAAUCACCAGCGCCAUGCUCAGCGUGCCAGGCUACGCUGACGACACGAUGCUCUUCAUGAUGCGGUACGGGUCAACGGCACGAACUGAUGAGGCCCGCCCCGGCAAACAGGAGACGCUUCGCAAAGUAGACUGGGACGAGUUCCAAGUCCGCCUGUCGGCCCUCAACAAGCACUGGUUCGCCAGCAGGAGCAGCCAACACACCGCCGAUGGCGAGACGAUUUGUACGGCAGCUGAAGAUGGCACCACCACUACUACCACUACCUCUACUAUCUCUGUUGCCGCUGCUGCCGAUCUCGGCGUCGAAGCUCAAGCCCAAGAGGCCAGUAGCAUCAAGGCCGCCGAGCUCAGGACCCGGACGCUGGAGCUGGUCCAGGACUUUCCGUCGCUGGUGCGCGAUUUUGACAAGUUUGUCGACUGUACACGGAUCACAGCGAUGCGGUAUGGCAAAGGGCCUCAAUAG